ACGGGCCCGGGCGGCCGGGCGGACAGCGGGGCCCGGAGGCGCGGACCCACCGUUCCGCAGAGGAUGGGGCGGCCCCCGGCCUGAGCCAUCCCGGACCUGGACCCCGGAGCCCGCGGCGGAGCCGGGACGGAGCCGCACCUGAAACACCCCGUGGAUCGGAGCUAGAGAAAUCAGAGGCCGUUGAGGAGCCCGACCGAUCUUCCAUCUGACCUGCCUUUUAAGCCAGGGCUCAUCAUGGCGGACGCGCCAGCCCCGCUCCUCCUCCUCCUCCUGUCCCUCUGUGCCGUGGCGGGGGGGACUCCCUACGGCGCCCACUGGAAGCCCACGUGGCCGGCAUACCGCCUGCCCGUCGUCUUACCCCGGGCCACCCUCGACUUGGCCCAGCCAGACUUCGAGGCCGAAGCCAGGCUGGAGGUAGCGUCGCCCUGCGGGCCCCAGUGCCACAAACGCGCCCCGCCGCCCACCUACGAAGAGGCCAAGGGCUACCUGGCGUAUGAGACGCUGUACGCCAACGGCAGCCGCACGGAGACCGAGGUGGGCAUCUACGUGGUGAGCGGCGGAGAGGGCGGCGGAGGGGAGGCCCGGCCCCGGGCCAAGCGGCAGAUCUACGGCUACGACAGCCGGUUCAGCAUCUUCGGCAAGGACUUCCUGCUCAACUACCCCUUCUCCACGUCGGUCAAGCUGUCCACCGGCUGCACGGGCACCCUGGUGUCCGAGAAGCACGUGCUCACGGCGGCCCACUGCGUCCACGACGGGAAGAGCUACGUCAAGGGGGCCCGGAAGCUGAGGGUCGGCUUCCUGCGCGCCAAGCUGAAGGACGGCAGCCGGGGGGCCAACGUCUCGCUCUCGUCCGUCCCCGAGCGGGCCAAGUUCCAGUGGAUCCGGGUGAAACGGACGCACGUCCCCAAGGGCUGGAUCCAAGGCAACGCCAACGACAUCGGGAUGGAUUACGACUACGCCCUGCUGGAGCUGAAGAAGCCCCACAAGAGGAAAUUCAUGAAGAUCGGGGUGAGCCCCCCGGCCCGCCGGCUCCCGGGAGGCAGGAUCCACUUCUCCGGCUACGACAACGACCGGCCGGGGAACCUGGUGUACCGCUUCUGCGACGUCCAGGACGAGACCUACGACCUGCUCUACCAGCGGUGCGACGCCCAGCCCGGGGCCAGCGGGUCGGGGGUGUACGUCCGGAUGUGGAAGAGUCGGCAGCGGCAGUGGGAGCGUAAGAUCAUCGGGAUCUUUUCGGGACACCAGUGGGUGGACGUGAGCGGGUCUCCGCAGGAUUUCAACGUGGCCGUCCGCAUCACCCCGCUCAAAUACGCCCAGAUCUGUUUUUGGAUUAAAGGAAACUAUCUGGAUUGCAGGGAGGGGUGAACGCGGAGGGUUUCCCUCCGCCGCGCACCGUAGCAGCACUUAAGGGCCUUCACUUCAGAUUCCAGGGGAAGCCCGACGUUAGUCGGGCGGUUGUGCGACUUUUCGCGGCGUGUGUUUGAACGCGUGUGUCUGAGCAGGUGGUGCUGUCUGGGUCUCUCCUGGAGGUGCCCCGGGAUCUUGGAGGAGCAGGCUGACGGUAACCCGCUCCGCGGUUAGAGUCGCUCAUCUCUCUAAUAACUACUAUGGACCUCCUAUCCACGUGUGUGCGAGUGUGCACUGUGUGUGUUUGUGUGUGUGUGUGUGUGUGUGAGCGUGUGUGCCUGCGGGGGCGUUUUAUAAUCAUUUUAAUUUCUAAAGUUGCAAGAUGGCCGCUUUCGUCAUCUGGAAAAGGACCGUAGCGCAUCAUCUGAGCACCGGGAUCGGAAGCCGAGGUGGACCGUCUGCCGCGCCGAAUCCGGAAAUCACAUCUGGCAGACCUCGAGGGGAAGCUUUUCUUUCCGACGGCAUCGAUGAUUCUGAGUUUCCAUGUGGCCCGUGGGCCCUUCCAAGGCCCCGCUACCAAAGGGUUUGGACUCCACGGGCUCCAGGCUCUACUAAUAUGCUGGACUACGUUUAAAACUCCCUCCAGGCCUGGAGAGGUUAAUUCUCAGCCUGUGACUGGUGCUUGAUUUUUUUUUUUUUUCCCCCACCCUUGGUCGUCUUUUCCCACACGCUCUCUGCCUCCUCCAAGAGGAUUCUAAGAGUCAGAUGGGACAACAAGGGAGGAGAAACCUGAGUUCCGCCUUUAUUUUUUUUUUUACAACUUAGCGGACACACAGCCGACCCCUCUCAGGGGCCAUUAAUACGAUGACCCACGGUAUCACUUUCUACGGAGAACAGAAACAUUCUUUCUGGUCGCUUAUGAAGCCACCCAGACUGGCCUUCAUGGCAUUUUUGAGGUGUCUUUCUGAGUGCCAAGAAAAAAUGUUCUAAAACCGGGGGGCUGGAGGUGCAGGUCGGCCUCGUGUUUCUUUUUUUUUCCUCCUCUUAAAUUUUGACUGAUGUUUUUGGUUUACAUCCAGUGGUUAAAAGUUUCUUCCCUCCACUAUUCCCAACUCUCUCCGUGGCCCCUGCACUUCGUCCGUUUUCCUCUCACUAACUUCAGAAGUGAUAUAGCGACACUAUUUUGGCCCCAGGCUUGCCUUUCUAUCCCUAGAGGAAUGGCAAGUCAAAUCCGUUGUAAACAAUAUUUGGUCCGCCCGAAUUUAGAAUCUCUAUGCCUGGAGACAAGUAUCUGAUUUUUCUUAGCUUUUCAAAUGGUUUCUUUCCUCCAAGUCACUGCCCAGUGUUCUUGGAAAGUUCUCGGAAAAAAAAAAAAUCACCGCCGGUGGUUUUUGCUGGCUUCGAAUGACGCCAAGAAAGGCGAAGCCACACACGUGCAUUUAAUCCCAGUGAGGUAGGAUAAGCCACACGUGAGUCUACCCGAAGAGUGAAUGGGCCAGACACCGUUCCCAGCCUAUAGAAUUCCAGGUUUUUUCCCCGGCAGCAGUCAGAGCUCCGCUGGAAUCCCCUUGCCACGCUGUCGAACACAGGUGUCUGUGUCGGAGCGGGAAAAUCAAAUGGUGGAGGGGUGUAGCCUACAGAAUGCGGGAGAAGUUUCUGUCUCUUUUGUAUCCGGGGCUGUGGGACUGGGGCUCGCUCAUUCAUUCAUUCGAUCGUAUUUAUUGAGCGCUUACUGUGUGCAGAGCGCAUUGUUGAUAACGGGUGCCUCCUUCAGCCCUGAAGCGUAGAGUCAUGUCAGGUUGGAAGAUUCUGAACAUCAGGCGGACGGGCUGCUCAUUGGAGUGGACGGGGCACACCGACGUAGUUGUGCUGCUGAACCAAAAUGUACCAGCCGCUGCCUCACCUGGGCUGUAGGAAAAAAAUAAAAUGCUUCACUGAAUCGGUUCCCAUUUCUCGUCUUGCCCUACUGAUUUUGGUUUCGGUUUUGUAACCGUUGGAAAAAUAAACCUGAUUGUGCCUGAAAAUCGGAAGAGCCCUCUACUCUAGUUCUGAAAGUCUCCUCUGGCCUUGGCCAAGAGUGGCCCAAGGCCUGCUCCCAGCUGGCAUGUUUUUAAAUUUUUUAGAAAGUUAAAUCAAGGGGAGGCAUUCGAGGUGGGGGACGGCCACCGGGCGGAUGAGAGCUUUUACAAACGCGAAUCAUCCCGGCGUGUCACGGGAGCGUGGUGACUUGUCUCAUCCUUACCUGUCACCGGUUGGCAACACGGGCACUUCUUCUUGAAUGUAUCCCGGAGGGAAAAGAAAACGGUAGGCAUCGAAUGCAAGCAGACGAUGGACGUUUCCUAUACUUGCACCUUGGGUUGAACUGUCGACCGAUUUUUAUUGUUACUUGUUUGUGAGGACAUUCAAAUACAGCACCGUUGCAUUAAGU